AAAAAAGUUCACAUAACCUUAAAACGUAAACAAAAAUAUAACCUAAAAAUACGUGAAUUGGAAAAUUUGGAAAUUAGAAUCUGAAGAUUUUCUUGUAAAUCUAUUAAGAAAAUAAUGCCAAUAAGCGUAAAUGGCUGACGCAGAUUUUAAUGACGUCUUAGACAAUAUUUUCCUGCGAGAGGAAACGCAGCAUAAGGAAAGUUACGAGGAAGGGUUCAAGUCUGGUAGCUCUGCAGGAAAUCCUGAAGGUUAUCACUUGGGAUAUCAUAGAGGAGCUGAACUUGGACGGGAACUGGGUUACUACUACGGUAUAGUCACACACAACAUUGAAGCUAACAAGAAGUCAGAAGCAAAACUUUCAGAAAAAAUAAUCAGUCAGCUGUCCAAAGUCAAAGAGCUCAUUGAUUCUUACCCUCGGGAAAACUCUGAGGAUCAGGAUAUACUGGGCAUGGCAGAGACUAUAAGAGCUCAGUAUAAAAAAGCUUGUGCUAUGUUGAAAAUAUCUUCUGCAAAUCCUUACGACGCUGGAGUGUCAUUUUGAAGGUUCUGAUGAGGCUUUUCAAAAUGGAUUCCAAAGUCACGAAAAUCCGUCACAAUCUUGAUUCCAUCAUCAAAUACCUAACUCCAUUGCUGCCACUAGCUAACUGCCAUAUGGUGGAGUUUCUAACACACAAUCACUGGGAGAAGC